CACUCACAAGAAAACAAUUGAAAAAAAAGUGCCAUGGAUUGCCAUCAGCAACAGUCAUGGAAGACAUACUUUAGAGAAAAAUUCAGAAGAAGAUCUUUUAUUCAUUAAUAAAUAUUUGUUCUUGAAGUUCAGUUAUGAUCCCUUCAGUUCCAGGUCCAAUCCUUCCCCCAACCACCCAUUGAAAAUUCAUUUGUCCUACAAAUUACUCUGCGCUCCUUAUACUUAUUUGGUGAUUCACCUAAUCCUUCUCGCACUGAAUCUCAUUAGCUUUGUAGUCAAGUUCUCAAGCAUAGAAGAAUCCAAUCUAUUGGGCAUCUUCAGCUGAAAGAAAGUCUUCAACAACAACUGUAUGUCUGCACACUUCUCACCAACCAACUGAAGUUCUGCUCAGAGUCCUGAAAUUCAUUCAGAGGCCAAGAAAUAUUCAGUUCCCAACUGGGUUUAUGCAGUACUUUUAAGCACCCUACUGUUUUUUUGUAAAAAGAUUCAGUUCCCAACUGGGUUUACGCAGUAUUUUUAAGCACCCUACUGUUUUUUUGCAGAAAUAUUCAGUUCCCAACUGGGUUUAUGCGGGCUCAACUGAUGCUUUGCACAAAAUCCUGAGACAGAGCUCAAAUACACACAAGCAAUUUCUGUUGUCCAUGUUUGCAUGUAAUUGAAGAAUGGGUAAAGUAAGGAAACUGGUUGUUGAGGUGAUUUCUGCUCACAACUUGAUGCCCAAGGAUGGUCAGGGGUCUUCCAGUGCCUUUGUAGAAGUAGACUAUGAUAACCAAAGGACUCGAACUCGUACCCAAAAGAAAAAUCUUAACCCUGUUUGGAAUGAACCAUUGAUGUUUGAUGUGCCCAAUCCAAUGAAUUUGAAGAAUCAGUGUCUUCAAAUAUGUGUGUUCCACGAGAAGAAUGCUCCUCCUGGUAGAAAAUUCCUGGGUAAGGUGGAAAUUCAUGGUAGAAAUAUUGUCAAGCACGGUGUAGAGAUUGUACAAAAGUUUACCUUGGAGAAGAGGGGUCUUUUUUCUCCUGUCAAGGGAGAUAUUGAAUUGAAAAUUUAUAGUUUUGAUGAGGAAGAGAAAAAGAAGAGUGGUGGUGGUGGAGGAGGAGGAGAAAAAAUUCCCCAAAUUGAGUGGAAGGAGGAGGUGAAGCAAUUGAAGCAGGAGAAACCAGAAAAAGUGCAGGAGGCAACAGAGAAGUCUGUGUUGGAUGAAGCUAAGUUGCAAAUACAUAAACAGAUUUUAAUGUCUUUUGUAGAAAGGGGUUUCUGUAAUUUACCCUCUAGCACCUUUUUCUUUUAUGGAUCAUUGAUACUAGUCAUAUGGUUUGGGUGGUAAACAGAUUGUGAAGUUGUGGUAAAUAAGAAAAGAAAUAAUGGAUGGUAAUGGCCCUUUUAUUA